GCCCGGCCCGCCGGCUCCACGGUGAAUUAAAAAAAAAAAAACCAAGGAGGUCUAAAAGCCACAGUAAACCAGUUCUUCAGAUCCCCAUCAAGAUGGAAACCUUUUGCCUCAGGGCUUCCUUUUGGCUGGCCCUGGUUGGAUGUGUAAUGGGAGAUAAUCCCGAGAGAUACAGCAGCAAUCUAAGCACUUACCUGGAGGACAGCACCAGUUUUCAUGGAACAGAGGGCUACUUCCCGGUCACCACACAUCCGCCCACAAAUUUGGCUCUACCCAGCAAUGGCUCAAUGCACAACUACUGCCCACAGCAGACUAAAAUUACUCUAGCUUUCAAAUACAUUAACACAGUGAUAUCGUGUACCAUUUUCAUCGUGGGAAUGGUGGGGAACGCAACGCUCCUCAGGAUCAUUUAUCAGAACAAGUGCAUGAGGAACGGACCCAACGCGCUCAUCGCCAGCCUGGCCCUCGGAGACCUCAUCUACGUGGUCAUCGAUCUCCCUAUCAAUGUAUUUAAGCUGCUGGCUGGGCGCUGGCCUUUCGACCACAAUGACUUUGGCGUCUUCCUCUGCAAGCUGUUCCCCUUCCUGCAGAAGUCGUCAGUGGGCAUCACCGUCCUCAAUCUCUGCGCGCUGAGUGUUGACAGAUACAGAGCAGUUGCCUCCUGGAGUCGCGUACAAGGAAUUGGAAUUCCCUUGAUUACUGCCAUCGAAAUCGUCUCUAUCUGGAUCCUUUCCUUUAUCCUGGCCAUCCCUGAAGCCAUCGGCUUCGUCAUGGUCCCCUUUGAAUACAGGGGAGAGCAGCACAAAACCUGCAUGCUCAAUGCCACAUCGAAGUUCAUGGAGUUCUACCAAGACGUGAAGGAUUGGUGGCUCUUUGGGUUUUACUUCUGCAUGCCUUUGGUGUGCACUGCGAUCUUCUACACCCUCAUGACAUGUGAGAUGUUGAACAGAAGGAAUGGCAGCUUGAGGAUUGCCCUCAGUGAGCAUCUCAAACAGCGUCGAGAAGUGGCAAAAACCGUGUUCUGCUUGGUUGUCAUUUUUGCGCUCUGCUGGUUCCCUCUGCACUUGAGCCGUAUUUUGAAGAAGACUGUCUAUGAUGAGAUGGAUACAAACCGCUGUGAAUUACUUAGUUUCUUGCUGCUCAUGGAUUACAUCGGUAUUAAUUUGGCAACCAUGAAUUCCUGUAUAAAUCCAAUCGCUCUGUAUUUUGUGAGCAAGAAGUUUAAAAAUUGUUUCCAGUCGUGCCUCUGUUGCUGCUGCCACCAGUCCAAAAGCCUGAUGACCUCGGUCCCCAUGAAUGGCACAAGCAUCCAGUGGAAGAACCACGACCAGAACAAUCACAACACAGAGAGGAGCAGCCACAAGGACAGCAUGAACUAACCACUGAAGAACAUGGGUCCACGUUCCGUCAAGUCCCGCUGGGCAGUCAUCUGGCAACGACGUCUCCAGAAAUCUCUUCUGAGCUCCGCUUCCUUGACUCAGUCCCACCCCGCCCCCACCCCCGAAAUAUUCUACAAAGGCUUCACCCAACAGCACAGAGUGGACUGGCUUAUAUCCACAAAGUCCAUGAAUCGUUACCUAGCUUAUAUAUCCUGCAUGCUCCAAACACUCAAAAAUGGCAGGAAGUGGGAGACAGUGGGGGCCUGUUAAAGGAAACCAGAAGGAUUUUUGCUGCCUCUGCAUGAAAAUCAUUUGGAGUACAUGACCAUCUUUCCUGGUGGUUCCACGCAGUGUUCUACCACACUGGUCAUCACAAGAAUUGAGAGAGUAAGACCAAAUUUACUAAGUACUUUUUUUUCUUUUUUUUUGGCCAAACAUAGCAUGGAUUUUGAACACUUUUCUUUGAAACGUCAUUCAGUGCCAGUAUUUUUUUUUUUACUGUAUAAUAGCCUAGAAAUGUUUGAGCUAAUUUACAUAUAUUUUGUAAAAAAAAAAAAAAAAGAACACAAAAAAAAUAACACUGAGGUUGAGAUAAGCAAUGAGGUUAAAUGUUCCUGACAUCACUGUUUUGUUUUUCACGCAUGAACUCUAAAACUGCAACAGAAAAACAGGCCAUAGGCACAUACAACACAGAUUGGUCUUCAGAAAUAGCAGCUCCACAGCUGCUAUUUGAAGGAAAAUGUUUAAAACCUGUAUUUUCUUUUUCUAACUUUUUUUCCCCAGAAAAUAUUGAACAUAUUUUUAUGUUAAACUCAAAAAUAAUAUUUGCAGGUUGGGCAUGGUGAUGCCUGCCUAUAAUCCCAAUCGUAGCCCUGAGGAGAAGGAGGAAGAAGAAUCACAAGUUCAAAGUCAGCCUGGGCUACAUGGCAGAGAAUAAUAUUAAUAUCUGGAUAAAAUAACCCUAUUUUUCACAAGCCCAGUUUUUCAUGUAUAAAUCAUGUUUCACGUCUGUAUGUGCCAUUUAACUAUGUCUGAGACUUUCAGUGCAAUGUGUCUAAAGUAUACUUAAGGAGGAAAAGAAUAUUUUUAGAGGGUGGGGAAACUUUUGUUGGGUUUUGUAAUAUAUAUUAUCCUGUUUUAGUCUCUUUAAUUUCUCCUGAAAUGUUAACUAGCUGUAAGGUUUUUUUAGUAGUUCCUUUUUCCAAGUAGGAAAGCUAAUUUGCAAGUGGUCAGAGGAGUCAGUCCUACCAGGGAGUACAGUGACUCCCACUGUGAACCUUUGAUUUGUCACUUCUUUGGAAUGACAGCAUGAACUAAGGCCUCACCCCACCCCAUCCUACUCCCAGUGGUCAUCAUUUCAAAGGGUCCACAGUGACUUUGCUGGGCCUUUUCCCAGAUGUUUACAGACUGUAAGGAGAAAAAGUCCUUCAUUAUUUGUGAGUGAGUGUGUGUGUGUGUGUGUGUGUGUGUGAACAGUUGUAAGUUUUUGUGUGAUAAACCUAAGAAGAAUGGACUGUAUGGAUUCAGUAAUCUAAUCAUAAUGCCCAGUGGUUGUACAAAGCACACGGUCUAAGUGGAUUCUGGGUGACUGUUCAUUACAACAACCCACCUCAGUCAGUCUUCACACGCAAGACUCUCCUGUGCUUAUCCAUCUUGUGGACUAUGUUCCUAUUGCAAAUGGAGUAUAAGUGGGUAGGCGGGGCACCAUGUAAAGUUCCCGAACGACGGGUUAGCAAGACAGAGUUUUGCUACGUUGGUUGUUUGACAAAGCAGUCAUAGUGUUUUCUGUGUUAAAGCCAAAGGCAUUACACUUGGUGAAGUAUUAUUCUCAUCCUGGCAAGUUGCCUAAUUUUUCUAUCAAACGUCACCAGCUACACUGCUGGUGAUAAAUUAGGUAAACGAAUGUGUUGGGUUGUAUUAUAGUAGAGUUGUAAGUACAGUGUAUCAGGUU